AGACUGGAAGAGGAAAACCCCACAUCCGUGGAAGCUUUGACUGGCCAAGUUGCCACAGACAGUACGGUAAAAGAAACAAUCCUGCCCAGAAUGUACGAUGCCGAACAUGUGCCUGUCGAAGACGCCAUCGAGAUGAGCGACACUGGGUCUAUAGAUGAGACGGAGCUGGAGGAUGCCCCGGACUUGGUUGUAACUGAUGCCAGUGGGUUUGAUCUAGAGGCGUAUGUGAGCAACUUCUCAGGCAUGGCACUAAUAGACCGCAUGGUGUUCAUUGCCUCCCGUGCGCCGUCUCUGAAGGUGGAAGCGCUGACUAUCGCAUUGAAGACGAUCAAAGGGAAAACCACCAGCACAAAACUCUACAGAGAAGUUUGGCGCAAAUUGUAUCCCGAUUAUGACUGGGAAUCUCACACCGGUGAGACACCAGAUGCGCCACAGCCUGACCACGAAUGGGUUAGUCAGACCUUGGCCACCGCUCAAGUGGAGUUAGCGGAUCGGGAACGGGAUAUCAAAACGGGCAAGAGCAAGAACCUCAAGGCUUCCGUAUGGAUAGGGUAUACGGAUCUGGCCAAUUUCCACUUUCUGAGGGGCGAGUGGGCCGAAGCGUCGAAGAACUACAUGCGAGCCAGGGACUAUAUCUCAAGUGUUGCGAAUGAAGUGAAAGUGUGCGAAGGUGCUGUGCGUGCGUAUGCACAGCUGAACGACUGGAGAGAGGUGGCCAACUUUGUUAUGCGGGCCGAGAGGGUGAAAGGCUUUGACAAGAUGGAGAAGUUGGUUAGCCGUAUGAAGUGCUACCUGGGCGUGUCCCAUCUGAUGCGUGGAGAGUACAAAUCUGCAGCGCAGUUGUUCGCAGGCGUGCAUGCGGAAUUUAUCUCCGACUGGACGGAGAUGAUGACACCACGAACCUUAGCGCUGUACGGAGGACUAACUCUGAUGGCUACAAUGGACAGACCCGUGUUCAGGAGGAUUAUGGAGAGUGUUGAUUUCAGAGCAAUUUUGACCCACGCGCCAGAGAUGCAGGGCAUUACUAAGGCAUUCUACUCGUCGAAGUAUUCGGAGUGCCUCCGAAGACUGACCAGUUUACAGACCGACCUUCUGCUGGAUUUUUAUCUCAGCCGGCACGUCAAUGCGCUGUUGAAAAUGAUCCGCGAGAAGAGGCGUACGCAUGCAGGUAUACUAUGCUCUCGCAUGGCCGUGGAAGAUCUGCACGUUGGUUCUGCCCCAUCGAGCGGAUUCAUGCGGUUCAAUGGAGGUAGCAAGACACACAAAGAAGCACGGGCUCACCCACGUGGCUCUAGAAAUGCACCCCGAAGUUCGGAGGGGUCUUCUAGCCGACCGCCCAGGCCCCUACAGCAGGAAGUUGCCGAUGGUGACCUCGAGCCCGAAGUACACAGCACAGACACUCACAGGGUCAAGGGUGAGGUUAUAGGCACCACAUUUGAGGGUGAACCUAUUCCAGGCCACCACACACACUCGAAGAACCCAAAGUGGAGCGCAGCAUGGGACGAUGGGUUGAAGUUGGAUAUGUUCUUGAGCUUGUGAGGACGCAUACUUAAGGGGUUGUUUGUUCCGAUAUGUAUAUAUAUAUAUAUAUAUAUAUAUGUAUAUAUUAUAUAUAUAUAUACACAUCCACACACACACAUAUAUAUAUAUAUAUAUAUUGUGAGGACGCAUACUUAGGGGGUUGUUUGUUUCGCGAUAUAUAUCUGAUAUAGGCAGACAGUGCCUCACAAUGUUUUUGUGUGUGCUCAUAACCAACGGAUAAUAUUCUAUUUGCGUGCGAGCUCUAUCCCUUAACUAGUAGCCCGCAUUGGAUAUGUAUGGUGUGUAACCAGGUAGUCUUCAUGUUGAUUCCUGCCAUUGACUGUAAAUGCACCAACAUUAUAUGUGUUGGAAGCGCGUGCACACACAUGAACGGAGAAUUGCAUAAGCUAUACGACUGGUGGACCAAAUAUACAUAUCCCAAACACAAAUCCCCAAAUCAGUUCAGUACGGACGAGUGCAUCAAGUGUGUGGAAAGGCUUCAAUACACCUAUUGUGCAUGUCGUUUCUGACUCUAAUACGCGGUAUAGUCAACGUAACAGAAAGCCUCCAGUCUCUGUGCGGUACUGCCUGAGUGGGACGAGCGCUGUAUCGAGAGAGUGGGCGGAUUAGCGUAGAACGGACACGACGCAGCACUUACACAGAAGAAUGGAGAAUAAGGUGACGCACAUUGCGGACAUAAAUACUCGCAGUUUACAGGCUGAAUACUCACAGUUUACAGGCGGAAUACUCCCAUUUUACAGGCUGCUCAGUGAUGAAGAGAUAGACCGAUUGUCAAGGGAAUGUUGCAGAACGUAGUUGCAGGGGUCGUGCCACAGUCUAGGACCCUUUGAGUAUGCAUACGGGGGUGCAGCACGUCAGGCAUACACACGUGGUUAUACCACACCUGCGCUUGUGGCCUAAUCUGUCAUACUUGCAUCUCAAAUAGAUAUGGACUCUAUAGGAUAUAGCUAAAUAGGUAUCAUCCCGAACUCCUAUGCGUGCGUGGCUACGGCGUCUACUACCUGCAAUUAGUACAGGUGGUCGUGACUUCCAAGCUAUAUCCUACGUAUUCCUGUCACACUUGGCUUUCGCAUCGUAGGCUCGAUGUGAGUUGACCCGUUCUCUCACCACCGUUUCGGGCUUGCUCAUCGGCGUUAUAGCUAACGAUGUCCACUCGGUUCUCUCCAGUGGAUUGGAAUCAUGGGACUGUGUUGUGGUAUAAAAACAUCAGAACGGAUAUUUAUACAUGUCCGUGCGAUCGUGUUCUGCAGGUGCGCGUUAACACUCAGCUACGUACAUCAUAACGGUCUAUUGGACCACUAAGCAAUCGACUUCUAUCUGCCAAGGCCUCGUAGUUCCAAGGAUACAGAUAGAUGUAUGAGAGCGUGAACACAGUUCCGAAUAUAAUUCUGUCACUUUUGGCGUCCUGAAUUUAGAAGCCAUCUCGUUGUCCAUAUCCAGUCGAUGGGAAUCUGGGGAAGCCUAAACAUGCGGUAAAAGAUACAGGUUCAUGAUUGCGAGGCAUGUGCAUGCAGCUCUGCAAUAUGCUCGCCCAUAUAAUGAAUAUCCUUAUGCUGAUCAGAAUUGGAAAUCGAAACAGUCCCCAGUAUGUAGCUAACAACUCGAUGGGUUUGUAUGCGCUUCUGUAUUCUUAAUAUGUGUGAGAGAGGCCAUCUGCGUGAUGUGCUAGCUGGUUAUGCACCCUAUUUGAUAUCGGGCAAUUCCGCUUGCCUCGGAGCUCACAGUACACAACAAACACCCAACGUAGCGAACUAGCACAUUCAGGUAGAACAGAAACCCGUAUCUGUAUACGUAUGCUCAGCUACAGGAUCAGAUUCUCAGAUGAGUGAUAAUUCUCUAGUUUAGGCAGCGCGUCGCUCAUGCACGAUCUUCAUGUACACUCCCAACAUGACGGUCCAUAGCAACGAUGAACUAGAUCUUCCUUUAACUCAACCUAUAUAUCGCAUCCAUAUAUUAAUCCGCUACAAGCAAGUUGUGUAAAGUAUUAUCUGCACCAGAUGUAAUUGUUCGGCAUGAUGAGUCCAUCAACGACUCUUAAAUUCUAAGGCGUGCGAAUAUCAAAACCUGAAGUAUGUGCACAGGAGUCGUCAAACCUCUUAAAAUGAAGGAAAUCGAUGCAACAAAACACAACUAAGUGAGCUGUAUUCCUAAUUAUAUUCUAGCAAGUGAAUAACAAUUAACUGAGCCACACAGCUAAAAAGCGAUCGUGCAUCUGUACAAACGGGAUACAGUCAUACAUCAGGGCUGUUUUAAUAUAUUCUUAAACUUAAAACCCAUAUUCUUUAAUUACGGACUAGCAAGUAUCAUAAAGGACAUAAUGCAGUAUACUGCUCACUCAUGGGAUGAAUCGCCAUUUCUUUCGUUUUGUACUCGUUCAACUCACGCGCGAUCUCGGGCAAAUUCUCGACCACACGCUGUCCUUCGUCAUUCUCUCGUAUAGUUGUUUCGUCGUCGCACUGCCCACUCCUGUCGUAUUGGCUGGCUGAAUAUGUGCGAGCCCUCUUCACAUUUUUAUGGAAACGUACAUGAUUAAUUUGGCACAGGAAGCCCUCGGAACAUCCAGUUCGGCCACCUCUACAGAUAGACAUACAUUGCUCGAUGUUUUGGCAUAUCCUCUCGAUAUCGAUGUUGUCAAUAUUAUUCAUGAGCUGGACGGUGAUAUCCGUCAACGAGGGUUGAUUCAUCAUUGACAUUUUGUCUGAUAUUAUUUUUAUUUAUUUUUUAAUAUAAAAACAAAAAUUAGAAUAUGCUCGUCGUCUUGUUCGAUGUUUAUUUUAU